CAGCAAACAAGCUUAGUCGUUCUUACUGUGUGAGAGCUGCUUAGCUGGUCUCCUCCUUCUCUACACCCUGUUGACGGCAGCACCCGCAUCUCCCCAAAACACAAAAUACCGCUGCUUUUCGUCGUCAAUUGCUUGAGCCAAUUGCCGUCAAGUGUUUACGCAGGCUUAAUUACGCCAAACUCUUCUCUGCCGCUCCCUCGCUCCACCACUUAGUGCGGGGUGUGCAUCCGUUCUGCAACGCACCCUUCAGCUUUGUCCAAUCGGCCUAGCAGCCAACCCUCCACCACACGGUCUAGCUCAACCACGGCGCUCUAUUAGUGUUCCGCGAUAUAGCUGCUCUCGUCGCCCCCGCACGAUCUCUGCUUAAAACCCUUUCGUCUCUCCUUCGUCCUACACUCAACCAACGCGUUCGCAACCCUCGUCCCCGUCGGUCCAAGAUGCUCUCCAGAGGUGUUUCACGCUCGACCAUGGUCGCGGCCGGUGCUGCCCGCUCCAGCAUGCGUGCCCUAAGCUCUACUGCAAUGCGAGCAAAGACCCCCUCUAUGGGCGACAUCGACCCUUCGAAGACGUCGGUUGACGCGUUCCACAACAAGCAGAAGGCCUUCCGAGAGCAGUUUGCCCAGGCACAAAAGGAACAGGGCGCGCGUGCGUUUGAUGCUCAUAAGAACUCUGCCACCCCUGAAGAGGUUGCAACUAAGACUGAUGCAGGUGCCACCGCAACGGCUCAGGAUGCUCAACCGGAGCGAAAGUCGGGCCCAUUGUCCAACCUUAUCUAUGGCACCAAGGAAGGCAGAGAGAUGGAGGCUCAGCUCGAGGCAAGCUUCAGUCAGGUGCUUGCUCGUGGCAAAUACGUCCACUCUAUUGUCUUCCACGAGGUCAAGCCCGAUAAAGUUGAUGAAUACGUCAAGCUCGUUGGCGACUUUUAUCCUCGCAUCGCCAACGACCCCAAGAAUAAGGUUCACUUGGUUGGCAGCUGGCGAACCGAGGUUGGUGAUGCCGAUACAUUUGUCCAUAUUUGGGAGUACCAAAAGUAUGAGGGAUAUCACGAGUCCAGACACUCCAUUUCCAACGACGCUGGCUUCCCCGAGUUCAACGACAAGCUUAACUCUUUGAUUAAGGGCAAGAACAUCUCCCUCAUGCAAGAAUUUUCUUUCUGGCCGACCACCCCUCCUCGACAGCUUGGAGGUGUGUUUGAGCUUCGUUCGUACACUCUGCACCCCGGCAACCUCCUCGAGUGGGAGACUCACUGGCGCCGCGGUCUCAAGGCUCGCCGUGAGGUCAUGGAAGGUGUCGGUGCCUGGUUCGUCCAGAUUGGCGACUUGAACACUGUCCACCACUUGUGGCAGUUUGCUAACCUUGAAGAGCGCCGCGAGACUCGUGAGAAGAGCUGGUCUGUUGAGGGAUGGAGCGACACUGUCCAUAAGACUGUCCCUUUGAUCCAGAACAUGAAGUCCAGAAUCUUGAUCCCCAUGCCCUGGUCUCCAGUAGCAUAGUUUCCCUUUGAGCCUGGCGGUCUGUGAGAUAGUAUGUCUGAAGUAUUUGUGUCGUACAGUGGAGGAAGAUACGGCGGAUAGAACAUCAGCAUCCAGUUUCUUUUGUCAGUUGGCGUUUAUGAAUAUAUUACUACAUUGUACAAUCAUAGUCUAGCAUUGAUACCGAAUUCAUGGCAAAGCCGACUUGAAUAAACUCCGUGUCCUGCAAAUGUGAAGAAUUAUCCCUUCAUCACAAUUACGCCUGGUAUUCUGUACCCAUCACUGCUGCUAGAUUUCGUCUUGCUUGGCCGAGAGAGUGGCUAAGAUAGCCAAGCUUUGCAAAAAGAGAUAUCAAGGACGCGUCUGCACUCUCAACGCGGACCUUUUCUCUGACGUAGACAUCCAUGCCAUUUGCAGGCUUUGCACUUGUUGGCUGUUUGGGCAACCUGCGCUGGUUGCUCGAUUGUAAAUCGGUUGACCCGUCUCCCUUAGGGUCAUAUCGAAAUGUAACAUCCAUCUCAUCGUGUUCCAACCUUCGCACGGUACCAAUUGCAAGCCCAAGCUUUAGGCCAAAGUUUACAGGCGCAUUCGCCUCUUCCAGCGCUCGAAGGGAGAGCACAAUACAGCUGUCCUGAAUGCCGACAAAGACACUUAGACUAGGACCUAUUGCCGGUGAGAAAUGGUGUGCCGGGCAUGACCCUGUUUGCCAUUUCGGGUCGGAGUCGAUCAGCCCCGCGGGGCCUUUAAGCAGCGCGGUGGACUCCGAAAGUGCUUCGGCU